CUUCUGUUUUAAAGAAAUUAGAAGAAAAUGGUAUUUUUGCUUAGAAUUACUCUGUAUAAUAAAUUAAAGACAAAUUAAUUUUUAGGAAUGUCUACGUAUAGCAUCCUGAAAGCAAUGAAACUUGGACUUAUUAGCCUGAACUGUUGUGAACUUAAUUGUUUUAAAGAUUUCAAUGUGGUAUCAUAUAUAUUGGAAUUCAAAGACAUGUGGUCAAAGAAAUUUAACGAUGAAUUGAUUUUAAAUCUAAAACCUAUGGGUUUUACAGAAUCAGAAUGUUGGAAUAUUAUUGUACAUGGAAUAAUGUUUCAAAAUUUAAAUAUUCUUCAUCAGUUAACAUUAAGUGGUGUCGAUGUUCCUGGAAUUUUAAACUGGCAUUCUGUUAUUAAUUUGACAUCUCCAGAAAUAAUACAGUUUUUGAAACAUAUUGGAAUAGCAAAAGACGUUAUACAACUGGUAAAAAAGUAUGGGAUCGCUGAAGAAACUGAACAAAUGUUAAUUGAUAUAGGAUUUGAUGAAAUGAAAGAACAGUUAUCAAAUAUGGAGGAGGUAGUAUGUGAUUAUAAAUUAACUGUUAUGGAAUCAAGUACUAGCAGUUUAGAAAAAUUACAAGACACUUGUAAAACGACUGAUUUGAAAAGUACUUCUAGUUCUACAGAUACAUCAAAUUAUUUUCAACAAUACGCUUGUCUAUGUCAUCUUCUAGCCGAAAAUAAAACAGUAGCUGAAUUAACUGCACAACGAAAUGAUUAUUUAAGACAAAAUAUCAUGGUUCCAUUAUCAUGGGCAAUGGCUAAAACUUUAGAAUUUAAACCAACAGAUCCAUUACAUUAUACUGCAUAUCAAUUAUUACGUUGGGCACAUAAUGUUAGCGAGACUGAGAAGAAUGCUCUUCAACAAUUAAUUGCAUUAGCUACCAUAGAAAUGGACCGGAAACUUACAGAAAAUAAACGUUUAGAAGAAGAAGAAUUAAUUAGAAAUCUGAAUGAGAAAAGUAUAAAAAAUACUGUUUGCAAAGAUCCUAAACAGUUUGAGAAAUAUCUAAGAAAGUCAUUAAAGAAAUAUGAAACUUGUGAAUUUCCUGAAAUGUGUAGUUCUUGUAAAAUCAACGUAUCAAACAUCAGUGUUUAA